AUGACGGGAAUAUCGGCUCCGCCCUCCGAUAGCAUAGUUCGGGUCCGGUUAAUCAACACGACUGGGCUUAUGACAGUUCGUGCACAAGGCUUCAUCGAACCCGUCCAACGUGGCCACGAGCUCCUCAGUUUCCCCACCUAUGCGUUCCUUAUUGACCAUGAACCCAGUGGAAAGAGAGUCAUGUUUGACUUGGGUAUACGAAAGGACUACUGGAACCUACCCGCCGUCCUACAGCUUCGAUUUAGCCAAGUAAUCGUCGCUUUGAAAGUUGAUGAGGACGUCACUGAGGUUCUCGAGAGUGGUGGGAUAGGCGUGGACUCCAUCGAUUCUGUAAUAUGGUCUCAUUACCACUGGGACCACAUUGGAAACCUCGAGCUCUUCCCCCGAGCACGUCGCUCCACGUCGGGCCUGGCGUCAAGGAUCAGCCUGGUCUCCUACCCGGGUUUCCCAACGUAUUAA